UCAGAAAUGGGGGAGGGUAGCACAGGUAGCCUUUUGUCUGAUUUAGCUGAAAAUGCUUCUUAUGAUUGUAUACAGUUGAUGCAACAAGAAACUUCUGGAUUUUCUCAUAAAAAACCUCUUGAUAACCCUGAUUUUGAGUGUUUUGUAGAUGGAAGCAGGAAUAUGGGAGAGGAUGGCCAGUUCCACACUGGAUAUGCAGUGGUCACACAGCAUGAGGUAGCCAUUGCUGAACCACUCCCUCCGCACAUGUCUGCGCAGGAGGCAGAGCUGAAGGCACUCACUGAGGCGUGUAAAUUGGCUCAGGGGAAGAAGGUGAACGUCUAUACAGAUUCUAGGUUGGCCGGAAACCUUCCCAAUAGCCUAAGCAAAUGCCAAGAAUACGGCAAAGAAACUGAUCCUGACUUAAUAGAAGGAACUCACAACUUGCAGCCCAGAGACUGGGUGGUGAUAAAAAGACAUGUGAGAAAAGGACUAGUUCCAAGAUUCGAUGGUCCACUUCAAGAACUGUUGACCACCCACACCGCUGUAAAGGUUGAAGGAAAACCCAACUGGAUACACGCUUCUCACUGCAAGAAAGUCUUGGAACCACAGGAUGAAGGUCCUUCUGCUGAUAGUAGCUCUGACCCUGAGCGUGUCAGCAGUGUUUCGUCCACUGAAUGAUGAAUGGAACAAUGUUCUGAUACAGCACCAUCAGGUGUUGUUUGAAGGAAUGAAUGAAAAGUGACAGACUGUUGGAUCUGUACUCACAGUCCUGUGAGUUCAGCCAGUAUGCCCUA